UCGAAGUCUGAUACGGUACGACAAGGAUGUUUUAAAAAGAUCUCUUGGUUUAAGGUUUUACCGAAUUUUUCAUAAGUAUCUUAAAACAAAAAAGUAUAUUUUUCUCAAGCCCACUCAGAUCGGAAUAAUCAUCAUGGGAAGCAUGUUCCGUAGUGAGCCGAUGGUUCUUUGCCAAAUUUUUAUACAACCUGAAGCUGCUUAUUCAACCGUUUCGGAGAUGGGUGAGGUUGGAUGUGUUCAGUUUCGUGAUCUUAACGAUGGGGUGAGUUUAUUUCAAAGGAAAUUUGUCAGCGAAAUUCGUCGCUGUGAUGAAUUGGAACGAAAAAUUCACUACAUAACAAACGAACUUAAGAAAGAAGAUAUGAUCUUGCCUGAAAUAAACAACAAUAUCAACAUGCCAGUGUCAAGUGCAUUAAACCCCAAGGAAAUGAUUAAUCUGGAAGCUCAUUUAGAGAUGACCGAGAGUGAGAUGCUUGAACUCACCGAAAACGAAGAUAAGCUAAAAUCUAACUACAAUGAAUUAAAUGAACUGCGACAAGUUCUCGAGAACACUGAAGAUUUUUUCUCCGAUGAGGAGGUUCUUAAUAUAGACUCGAAUCGCAUGGGUUCGAAGGAUCAACUUGUAAACAAGGGUGAGCGUGGGGAAUUGGCUUUUGUAGCGGGAAUAAUAAAACACAAAAGGAUUUUUGGAUUCGAACAAAUGCUUUGGCGAAUAUCGCAUGGGAAUGUCUUCUUGAGACAAGCAGAAUUGACGAAGACAACAGCCGGUCAAUGUCAAAAGCUUGUAUUCGUAGCUUUCUUUCAGGGGGAGGAACUCAAGAGUAGGAUUAAAAAAGUGUGCCAAGGAUUCCGAGCAACCAUGUAUCCAUGCCCGAGUUCUCAUGUGGAACGCGAUGAGAUGAUUGCCGAUGUCCGAAGUCGCUUGGAGGACCUGAAAAUGAUCUUGAAUCAAACCAACGAUCAGAGGCGCAGGGUGCUGGCUAACGUUUCCAAGAACUUACCCACGUGGAGCAUAAUGGUAAAGAAAAUGAAAGCCAUAUAUUAUACGCUUAAUCUUUUCAAUAUAGACGUGUCCCAGAAGUGCAUGAUAGGCGAGUGCUGGGUGCCAACAACAGAUUUGACAAUAGUUCAAGGGACUUUGGCACGUGGCUCAUCGGCAGUGGGAAAUUCGAUUACAUCUUUUUUGAACGUAAUAAACACCAACGAGCCACCACCAACCUAUAAUCGGACAAAUAAAUUUACCCAGGGAUUCCAGAACCUCAUCGACGCCUACGGGAUAGCUUCUUAUCGUGAGAUCAACCCAGCGCUAUAUGCAAUCAUAACUUUUCCAUUUUUGUUUGCUGUGAUGUUCGGUGAUGUGGGACAUGGAUUGAUCAUGCUAACGUUUGGGGCUUGGAUGUGCAUUUUCGAACAGAAAUUGUCAAAUAUUCGGGGUGCUGGAGAAAUUUGGUCUAUUUUCUUUGGUGGACGUUACAUAAUUCUACUGAUGGGACUGUUUUCCAUCUACACGGGUGCCAUCUACAAUGACGUGUUUUCUAAGUCAAUGAACUUAUUUGGUUCGGCAUGGAGAGUUAAUUUUAACAGCUCAACUGUUUUGGGCAAUGAAUUCCUACAAUUGGAUCCAAAAAAUUCCACAGAAGGUGUAUAUUCCAUGGGUAUAGAUCCAGUUUGGCAAUUGGCAGGAAACAAGAUCAUAUUUCAGAAUUCUCACAAAAUGAAACUUUCUAUUAUCUUUGGAGUCACCCAUAUGCUGUUUGGGCUUUCUUUAAGUGUUGUGAAUCAUGUUCAUUUCCGUCGAUGGGGUGCUAUUCUCAUGGAGUUCAUUCCACAAGUGUUGUUUCUUGUGCUCCUGUUUGGUUACAUGGUAUUCAUGAUGUUCUUCAAGUGGGUGAAGUAUAAUGCUCGGACGGAAGUCCUUGCGGAUACACCUGGAUGUGCUCCUUCGGUGCUGAUCAUGUUCAUCGAUAUGAUGCUGUUUAAGUCGACUCCACCAUUAGAUGGUUGUAAACAGCACAUGUUUGAUGGACAAAAAUUGAUGCAGCUGAGUUUUGUAGCAGUUGGACUUUUGUGCAUUCCUUGGAUGUUGUUUACAAAACCGUUAUUCAUCUAUAUUCGUAGGAAAAAGAACAAUCAAUUGAAUGGUUUAAAUGGAAAUGAGGAUGGCAAUGGUGAUCCCACCGAUGAACCAAUGAGCGAGAUUUUCAUUCAGCAAGCUAUUCACACGAUUGAAUACGUUCUCAGUACGAUUUCUCACACUGCAUCGUAUUUGCGUCUUUGGGCCUUAUCCUUAGCUCAUUCCCAACUAUCCGAAGUGCUUUGGGAAAAGGUGCUCUCAACUGGAUUAGCCAUUCCAUCCAUUUAUAUAGGUCCAAUUAUUUUGUACAUGAAUUUUAUAUCUUGGGUAUUUUUUACUAUUGCAAUUCUGGUUUUAAUGGAAGGUUUGUCAGCUUUUCUGCAUACUUUGCGUUUACAUUGGGUUGAGUUUAUGAGCAAACAUUACGAAGGUGAAGGACAUGCUUUUGUUCCGUUCAGCUUUAAAACACUACUCGAGGAAAAAGAGUUUUAGCAAUAUUUUGCGAUUGAGAUUGAUAUAAAGUUCCUAUCAUGCGAACCGAAUUUUGGUAAUGCUGUUGAUAGAGGCCUUGCUUUUGGGCGUGGGCAUGGGCGUGCUCAUAAGACUUUGGUAGAUGGUGAUGAAAUAGGUUUUUAUAUUUGGUGGACAAGCAUUUCAAAUAAAAAAAUUUUGCAUAAAUAA